AUGAAACCGUACAUCUAUGUUCCUUAUGUAGAAGCCCUCUUCCAAACUUUAGUCCUAUACUUCAGAGGUACUACACGGUAUUGCUCGGUGAAUACGCAUGAAAAAGGUGAACAGGGAAGAGUAGAUGACUUGUGGAGUGUGCUGUAUAUGCUCGCUGAGAUGCGCGGCAGUUUACCAUGGUCUAAUCUAAGGGAAAAGAAAGAUAUCAACGAGUCAAAAAAGCAGACUUCCCAUGAGACGUUAUUGAGGAACAGCCCUGUUCAAUUUGUAAAGAUUGCACGACAUCUCGACUCGUUAAACUACUACAGUCAUCCCGAUUAUGCUUUAAUACAUGGCCUGUUUAUGGAGAUAAUGAAAGCCGGAAAAUUCAAGUUCACGGACCCCUUUGACUGGGAACCAAAGGACAAGAAGGCGAAACUGACGGUAGUGAGUACAUCGACGGCUGUAAAUAGGGAUGUGAGCCAAGCACCAGCAAGCGUCGACCUACCGCUAUCCGUUAGUGACGGCAAGAAAUUUGCAACUUGGAGCAAAUCUCUAACCAAAAAAGCAACUCCUGAAAACCCUUUCCCAGCUCAGUGGUUCACAACAAAUCCACUUGGCUUCUAG